AUGGAGUACCAAGAAGGAUUCGCCUCGCGCGAGUACGACAACGGACUUGUAUACCAAUUGCCCAACGCACAGCAAGUCCCACGCCAGCAGCCAGGUGGCCCACAGCUUCAACAACAGCACCAUUCGCCGGGAGACACUCCUCCACAGAUGGUGACAAAGUACCAUACACAAAUCGACGUCGCGGCUGCGGCAGCAGCAGCCGCGGCCUCUGAGCCGGACCCCGAGCCCGAGACGGAGCAGCCGUUCUACGUCAACGCCAAGCAAUACCACCGAAUACUGAAACGACGAGUGGCUCGAGCCAAGCUGGAAGAGAGCCUGAAGGUGGCACGCGGCCGAAAGCCGUAUCUGCACGAGUCGCGACACAAACAUGCCAUGCGGCGACCCCGAGGCCAGGGUGGCCGGUUCCUGACUGCUGCAGAGAUUGCAGAGAAGGAGAGACAGGAGGCUGAGGAAGCCCAGGCACAGGGAGAGAACAAGUGA